AUGGAACAUGGACGAAUCUCAGUGCUCGCGAGCCGAGUCGCAAUUCAAAACCCACCGAGGAAAUUAACGUGUGAAACGAAUAGAUUAAAUGUACAAGAUAGGAGAUUUAUAGAAAACGAGAUCUUUGUUGUAAACAAAUUUGUUGCAUUCGAGAGAUUAGGUAUCCCUAAAAGACUCAAAAAUAAAUGAAAUACGGCAGCUGUUGGUUUAUGGAUAUUGAAGAGUUAGGAUAAUGGAAACGCUAGAAAAUAUGAAGAAUUAUGGAAGAGUCGCUAGAAUUCGAGCUUCCGAUCGGCGAAGUCUGGCGAAUCACCCUCGCAAGUGAAGAAAAGAGCGAAAGGCACAACGAAAGGAGGAAUUUCGAAGGAAGUAGGCCGUGCAAAUGAGAUAGCCUGUCGUGUUGCUCUAAAACUAAAGAAAAAACAAAACCUGGUUGCUAAUUGAAGAACAAGCAGGCAUAGUUCAAUCUGACUUUCUGCUUGAAAAAUCGCAACGUCAACAAUCUAAUUUAGCCACGAAAUUAUGGUACGGAAUUUCUUCGCUCAUUUUUCACUCUGCAAGUCGCAGAAACAUUUUUAAAUGUUUUCGAAAUAUCUUUAGUUCUUCGAAAUCUUUAUCUGUAUUUUCUCUUUCACUUAAAAAAAAAAAAAAAA